GCGAAAGCGUUCGGCACACCCGCACAGCGCACACGGAACUCGUAGGCAGCCUCGCGCAGUGCGCCUCCGCCACCUCCCCGACGCCAUCCUCCUCUGCGAGCGAAGGAAAUUAGGGUUCGCGCUCGCGUCGCCGGAGAUCCAUUCCAGCCGAUCCGCGUGCGCCUGGAGGCUCGCUAGGGUUCGACCUCUCCUCGAUAUUUUGAGCCUGGCUGUUGAAAGUUCUUUCAUUAGGAUUAGUUUUGAUGAGUCCAUCAAGGAGCAACAGCAGGAGCAUGAGCAAGAGCAGGAGUAGGAGCCAAAGCCGCAGCCGGAGCAGGAGCCGCAGUCCUCAUCGAAGAGAGAGGCUGCGCAGUGAACGUGCACCCCGUCGCAGUCGCAGCCGGAGCCGGAGCCGGAGCCCAUUCCGUCGUAGAGAACGCCGUGGCAACAGGGAUCUUAUAUGCAAGAACUGCCGGAGACCUGGCCACUUCGCUAGGGAUUGCCCAUCUGCUGCUACAUGCAAUAACUGUAAUCUUCCAGGCCACUUCGCAGCAGAAUGCACCUCAAAAACUGUUUGUUGGAACUGUAAGGAGUCUGGACACAUUGCUAGUGAAUGCAAGAAUGAGGCCUUGUGCCACACCUGCAGCAAGACAGGUCAUUUGGCACGCGAUUGCCCUAGUUCAGGAUAUAAUGCCAAGCUAUGCAACAAAUGUUUUAGGCCAGGCCACAUUGCUGUCGACUGCACCAAUGAACGGGCCUGCAACAACUGCCGUCAGCCUGGACACAUAGCUCGGGAAUGCAAAAAUGAACCAGUUUGCAACCUGUGCAAUGUCUCUGGCCAUGUUGCCCGCAGCUGUCCAAAGACGACGACUCUGUCUUCGGAGAUACAGGGUGGCCCCUUCCGAGAUAUCUUCUGCCGGAUCUGCGGCCAGCCAGGGCACAUUAGCCGCAAUUGCAUGGCAACCAUCAUCUGCGACACAUGUGGUGGGAGGGGUCACAUGUCGUAUGAGUGCCCAUCAGCCAGGAUAUUUGAUCGGGGGCUCCGCAGGUUCUGAAACCCAUCGACUGGGAUAUGUGAUCAUGCGCUCCGCUGGUUGUGAUUGUUGAACUUAGUGUUGUUUUAUUGGUUCGUGUUUAGAUAGCUUGUUUGGCAAUACUGGGACAGUUUUCUUUUUUCCUUUUGCUACUUCUGCUCUUCUGCCCCUGGGAGUUGAGAAAUGAAUCUGUAGGAUGUAUUUCGGGUGAAACCCUUUUUUUCUUUUAAUCGGGAUAGCCCUUUGUGGGCAGAAACAGCGCUGUACCAGCUCAUGUGAAAAUUGCCAGGCCAAGUCAUGCCGCAUCACUGUUGUGGGCCUUUUGAA